UGGCUGCCCCUGGCAACUGUGUUGUGCUGCCACCACCUCGGCUGUCCCGGUCCCAGCUCCUCCGCAGGCCCUGAGCGUGGAGGAGGCGCGGGCCGGGAUGGACUCGGAGCUGGAGGAGCGGUUGCGAGUGGCUUUCCGGGACAAGCUGCGGCUGCUCCCAGCCGAGCUGCAGGCAGCCCGCGGCAGGACGGUGCCAGCGCGGGACGCCCCCACGCUGCUGCCGUCCACUCGUGUGCUCCUGAAGAGGCGGGAGGUGGCGGAGGUGGACCGGGAGCUGCAGAACCAGCGGCAGGAGUUCCAGCAGCGGAUGCAGCGCCUGGCGCAGCGCCGGCAGCAGCUGGCUCGGAGGCAAGAGCAGCACCGCCACGCCGUGCACAGAUUCGAGUCCUUCCUCAAGGCGGUGGCGGCCAGGCGGGAGCGGGCGCUGCGCCGGGCGGGCGAGGAGCAGGCUCGGGCGGCGGCGGAGCGGGCGGAGGCCGCCCGGCUGCAGAGGGAGCUGGAGCAGCUGCUGCGGCACAGGGAGCGCCUGGCCCGGCGCCUGCGGAGCCUCCGGCCCUUCGGGGACUACCUGCGGGACGCGCUGGCCAGGAUGGGGCAGUUCCAGGACGUGCCGGCCAUGCUGGUGCAUUUCGGGCUGCUGGAGGGGGUGAGGGCAGCCCUGGCACGGGAGGCAGAAGCUGGGCAGGAGCUGCUGGCCCAGGACAGGGCACAGCUCCAGCGGUACCGUCAGGACAUCAGCACCCAGCUCCUGGGCACCAGGGAGGAGUUGGCCCGGCUCCACACACGCCUGGAGGCUGCCCGCCAAGAUGUGCUCCAGUGGGAGUCCUGCUGGACCCACAUGCAGAGCACAGCCAGCCAGAAGACCCUGCUGCUGGGGCAGAUCAAGCUGGCUGUGCUGAACCUCUUCCAGCAAACCACUGCACAGCUCAGGAUCCCCAUGGACAGAGCCCAGGAGGACACAAAGGCCCAGCUGGACAUGGUGCUGCUCUGCAUGCAGGGCCUGGCUGACAUCUGUGCCACUGAUGCACACCCACAGCACCACAAGCGUGUCAGGAUGCUUCAGGACCAGGAAUAGCGCCUGGGGACACUUGCCUGCUCCUGGGGCUGGGAAGAGGCUGCCAGGGAGCCACACGACCCCUGGGGAUGGACAUAAUUCCUUGCAAGUCUGGAAACCCCGUGUCAAGAGGCAACAUAGAUGGCAGUGGCACAGGCACACUGGGUGGCAGUACACGCAGGCAGGGCCAAGGCACUCCCGAGGUUCCCUCCUGCACAGAGCACGCCAGGCAGGGGGAGGAGGAGGAGGGAGGUGCUGUUGGCAUCUCUGAAGGUGUUUCACAUCAAAAUACAUCCAGCAGUGCAGCCACA